CAUGACUUGGCUAGACAAUUAUGUGACAUUUUGUUGAUGUGUUGCUGGUAAGGUUUCGAAUGACAGAGGAGUGGGAAUAUAUACUUAUAUAUUUAGUAGUUUAUGUUCCCUGUAGUGUAAUUUACUUUCCUUUAGUUCAUUGUUUUAACCCCCACCCAAUUGGUGACGACAAUACACUUUUUUGUGUAUAACGUUAGUUCGCCAAUAUACCCAAAGAAGAAGAAUGUCGCUGGUAAAUUAGCGUGUCCCUACCAAAUGGCUAGAAACGAGGAGAAACAACUGGGGAAAUUGAACAGAUUAUGGCUUCAAAAAGAAAGAGAUGAGGGCCGUAUCAAAGAUGUUCAUGAACCUAGACCCAAACUGUCAACACUCAAUUCAGCCUCAUCCAUUAAAAAGUGGAUCCCAAGCAUCAAGAAUGAAAUCGAGUAUUAUCUGCAGCAGUCCCAGUUGUCUCACUACCCUGAGAGGAAGAUAGCAGAGUUCCAGCUGAGCAUCCAGGGGCUGGAGAAAGAGUAUAAACGCUUCAUCUGUAAACUGCAAGCCCUGGACCCGACCUGUAAACACCAGCCCUGGUCACCUAGAGCAUACACCAAGAGGAGUGCAGACACACACAUCUCCCCCAACACUGGUAAUUCCUGGUUUCUCUCAUCUGUAGCCAAGAAACCACGCGGUCUCCAGUCAUGUGAUCUGAGCAGGCCGGUGGGUGGAGCACAGAGUAACUGGGUCGUUAAAAGAACAGGAAGUGAUGCAACGUCAGCCUCUGAGAACAAGGUACACUUCCACCAAUCAGGGACUUUCCUCAGCACAUUUCCAGUUGACCUGACUAAUCCCAGCCCAGAGUCCACCAAUCCAGAUCAGGACCAGCCCCUGAAUUUUGAUCGCACCCGUCUGGCGGUGGUUCUAGCUGGGUCCAGAGGCCCAUUACAACCAGGGUCGUCUCACACUCAGAGCCUGGCCAGGGUGCUGCUCUCUGGGCUACCCAACCUCCACAGCUCCCCACUGGGAAGGGCCAUUGCUGCACAGGACAGAGACAAUACAGCGGGAGAGAGACGAGACAGCACAGGGGCAGGUGGAGCCCAUAGCACCGUUAAUGAUGAAAAGAGCACAGGGCAUGUACUGGGACUAGGCUGCUACUCAUCCUCAGACGAUGAAGCCGACACAUGACAUGGCUUUGUUAUUAACACUGGAUCCCUGAUCACUACUCAGAACUCAAUCUGCCAUUCAUGGACAUCCCAUGCUUCAGUACUUGUCCAGUUUGCCCUGAACUCCAAUCAGCUGUUGUGAACCACAGGUUCUUUCUUUUCCUAUUGUACAUUAUGUAAAUACACAAUAAAAAGGGAAAUGAUACAAUAUA